AUGACGAAGCCCUCCCCCUUCCUCAACCCUGGCCAGACCACAAAGGCCGGCUCUCUGGCCAUCGUUCACCUGUCCCGCGACAACCUCGUCCCGGCCAUCCUCGACGACACCGUUGGUGAAGUCAAUGGCUACGCAGAAGGCACCGUGAUCAACACGAGGUUCGGCUCGUUCCCGCAUUCAACCCUCAUCGGCCAGCCAUGGGGCUCUCAGAUUCGUGCAUCCGUCGUCGACACGGGCUCGAGGGGCAGGAAACGCAAGGUCCGCGACGACACCGACGAACCCAGCAACGACACCGAGGAGGCUGCCUCGGCGAAGAAACCCGCCACGGCCGCCAGUGGCUUCGUCCAUGUCCUCCCGCCAACGCCCGAGAUAUGGACAAUGAGUCUGCCUCACCGCACUCAAGUCGUCUACACCCCCGACUACAGCUACAUAUUACACCGAAUACGGGCCCGCCCGGGCAUGAGGAUCAUCGAGGCUGGCGCUGGCAGUGGCAGUUUCACCCAUGCCUCGGUCCGCGCCGUGUACAAUGGCUACCCUACGGCCGCAGAGGAUAGGAAGGGAAAGGUCUACAGUUUUGAAUUCAACGAGGCCCGUUUCCAGGCCAUGGAGAAGGAGGUCAAAGCUCAUGACUUGUCCGACUUGGUACAGAUCACGCACCGGGAUGUUUACAAUGACGGUUUUCUGGUGAAUGGCGAGAGCCCCGAGGCCGAUUGUGUCUUCUUGGAUCUACCCGCGCCGUGGAAGGCCUUGCCGCAUUUGUCGAGGCAUAGGCCAGCCACAGAGACCGUGAACGGGCAAGACCAGCCUUGGGUAUCUCCUUUACGGUCAGAUCGGGCGGUGCAUCUAUGUACCUUUUCGCCAUGCAUUGAACAGGUCACCCGCACCGUCGAUGCCAUGCGGAGGCUUGGCUGGAUGGAGAUUGAGAUGGUCGAGGUUGCACACAAGCGCAUUGGCGUUCUGCGCGAGCGCGUUGGCUUGAACAUGCCCGGUGAUCGGGGUUCAAAUCAAUCUCCCUACGACGUGGCCGAGGCCGUCAACCGCCUGAGAGAGGUCGAAGGCAGGUUCAAGGAGUUUCACGGCCGCAACCAAAAGGCCGCCAAAUCGGCGAACGAUGACGAUGUGGAAAUGAACGACAGCGUCGAGGCUUCGGCGGCCGAGACGAAUGGUGCAGGUCGGGAGGCGGCGGCAGAACCGCCGUCCGAUAAUGCGCCAUCUGUGCCGUCCUUCAUGAUGGGCCGUCUGGUACACAGGACAGAACCCGAAAUCAAGACUCACACGUCCUACCUGGUCUUCGCUGUCCUGCCCCAGGAGUGGACAGAGGAGCAAGAGGCGGCGGCUUUCGAAAAGUGGCCUUGUGGUAAGGAGAGCAAGGUCAUCGGCAGCUUGGACAAGGAGACCCGCAAGAAGGAGAAGAGAGAGCUGCUCAAGGGCAAGAAGAAACGCAAAUCCGAGAAGUGA